AUCGAGUUCAUGCGACUUCCCUUCAUUGCACCAACUUGAAUUUCAUCGACUUCCCCAUCCUGUCUCAAUAUCGCCUCUCAUUGUAAAAUGGCAGACAUCACGAUAACAGAGAGUGAAUUUAAACUCGCGGACGGAACCGUCCUUUACCAGAAGACCUGGUCGCCCGCUGCUCCCAAGGCCAAACUAGUACACUUUCAUGGUUUCAGCGAUCAUAUCAACAGCUACAAUAACUUCUUUCCGUUACUAGCACGCCGUGGUAUCUACUGCUCUGGUAUCGACGAGCGUGGCUGGGGCCGAUCGGCCCCGGCAAAGUCCGACCGGGGAAACACAGGGCCAACCUCCUUGGUCUUGGCCGAUAUGGCCGCCUUCAUCAAGGUCCAGCAGACCAACGUCUUCCCUGAGCUCCCCUUGUUUAUCAACGGUCACUCCAUGGGUGGUGGAAUGGUGGCUACUCUCGCCUCGACCAAGGAGUAUCAGCCGCUUGUGUCCUCCCUCCGCGGGAUUAUGCUCUCAGCUCCGUUGAUGGGGCUCACUCCCGAGCAGACUCCCAGCUGGGUCACUGUAUUCGUGGGCCGGCUGGCAGGCAAGCUUCUCCCCCGCUUCCAGCUCGUGCAGAAAAUGCGGGUGGAGACGCUGGUGCGCGAUCCCGCAGUGCAAAAGAGCCUCAAAGAGGACCAGUUGAACCAUGCCACGGGAACGCUGGAGAUGUUUGCCAACAUGCUAGAUCGUAUGAUGGCGCUGGAUGAGGGCAAGUUGAACCUUGUUGAUGGAGUGCAGUCGGUCUUCCUGGCCCACGGAACCGGGGAUAACUGUACCAGUUACGAUGCGAGUAAGAGAUGGUUUGAGCGGGAGACAGCUCGGUUCCCUGAAACAGCGAAGAUGCACAAGUCCUACGAUGGAUGGAGUCACGUUUUACAUGCCGACCUGCCCGAGACUUACCCGAUAUAUGCGGAGGAUAUGGCUACCUGGAUCCUCGACAAGUCUGAGGCUUAGACAACCACUUCUGAGGAGAUGGCGUACAUGCCUUUGUUCGCGGGGCUAAUCCGCGCUCGCCGGUCGGGCAGUAUUAAAUGCCAGUUACGAUCGCUCGCAUAUUAAUGAUUGUUUCUGCCGCUAUCGUCGCUUGAUCUUGUUUCUCGUUUCGGGAAUAUAGUAUAUAUUGUUCUGUUCAUUGGGCCGGUAUCAUUUGGUUGAGAUUGUUUUCAUUUCCGGGUUAUGGUACGAUAUAUCAUGAUUUCGUAUUUUGGGCCAUGGAUCAUUAGUGCACCUUACAGAUUCGAGUUGUCAGAGGUCUAGAACGCAGCUGAAGCUGAAAAUGGCAUGUCAAGAACUGAUAAAAAUCAGCGAGCGG